AUGUUUCUGCUAGAUGCUGGGAUCGAAGUCAGCUGCUGCAAGGGCGUAGGGGACCUAGAGACAAAGAGAGCGCGCAGACACCGCCUUUGUCCGCGCGGCCCCUUUAAGAAGCGCGUUCCCAGCUUCCAGCCCGCCUUGUAUGCAAAUUUGGCGGCCAGGCGGGAGCGCGCGACUGAUACCGCGGGGACUAGGCUGCGGCGGUUAGUCCUCUCCCGGCCGCCGUCGCCUCCGACAUAUUGCCCGCAGGAGCUGCGGCGGCGGAGCGGAGAGCGCCGGGGGGAGGAGAUGGGUGAGCGGAACGGGGUGGGGCCUCGGUUAUGGAGGCGGGGCAUUGGCGCGGUAGGCGGGGCUUCUAAAAGGGAGAGGGCCCAUGGGGCUUGAGCUUUGGUGAAGACCCGCUCACCUGGGUUAGAAGCGGGGACGGGGCGUAGCGGAGGACGAAGAGGUCCCAACAGGACAUCCUACUGUCGAAAUCCACUGUGUGAGCCAGGAUCGUCAGGGGGCUCUGGUGGGGGCCAUACUUCCAGUGCAUCAGUCACCAGUGUCCGCUCCCGCACCAGGAGCAGUUCUGGGACGGGCCUCUCCAGCCCCCCUCUGGCCACCCAGACGGUCGUGCCCCUACAGCACUGCAAGAUCCCCGAGCUGCCAGUCCAGGCCAGCAUUCUGUUUGAGUUGCAGCUCUUCUUCUGCCAGCUCAUAGCCCUCUUCGUCCACUACAUCAACAUCUACAAGACAGUGUGGUGGUAUCCGCCUUCCCACCCGCCAUCCCACACCUCCCUGAAUUUCCACCUGAUCGACUUCAACUUGCUGAUGGUGACCACCAUCGUUCUGGGCCGCCGCUUCAUUGGGUCCAUCGUGAAGGAGGCUUCUCAGAGGGGGAAGGUCUCCCUCUUUCGCUCCAUCCUGCUGUUCCUCACCCGCUUCACCGUUCUCACGGCAACAGGCUGGAGUCUGUGCCGCUCCCUCAUCCACCUCUUCAGGACCUACUCCUUCCUGAACCUCCUGUUCCUCUGCUAUCCGUUUGGGAUGUACAUUCCGUUCCUGCAGCUGAACUGUGACCUGCGCAAGACAAACCUCUUCAGCCACAUGGCCUCUGUGGGUCCCCGGGAGGCGGUCAGUGGCCUGGCACGGAGCCGGGACUACCUGCUGACGCUGCGGGAGACGUGGAAGCAGCACACGCGGCAGCUGUACGGCCCAGAUGCCAUGCCCACCCACGCCUGCUGCCUGUCCCCCAGCCUCAUCCGCAGCGAGGUAGAAUUCCUCAAGAUGGACUUCAACUGGCGCAUGAAGGAAGUGCUGGUCAGCUCCAUGCUGAGUGCCUAUUACGUGGCCUUUGUGCCUGUCUGGUUUGUGAAGAACACGCAUUAUUAUGACAAGCGCUGGUCCUGUGAGCUCUUCCUCCUGGUGUCCAUCAGCACCUCAGUCAUCCUUAUGCAGCACCUGCUGCCUGCCAGCUACUGUGACCUACUGCACAAGGCCGCUGCCCACCUGGGCUGCUGGCAGAAGGUGGACCCAGCGCUGUGCUCCAACGUGCUGCAGCACCCGUGGACGGAAGAAUGCAUGUGGCCGCAGGGCGUGCUGGUGAAACACAGCAAGAACGUCUACAAGGCAGUGGGCCACUACAACGUGGCUAUCCCCUCUGACGUCUCCCACUUCCGCUUCCACUUCUUUUUCAGCAAACCCCUGCGGAUCCUCAACAUCCUUCUGCUGCUGGAGGGUGCUGUCAUUGUCUACCAGCUGUACUCCUUAAUGUCCUCUGAAAAGUGGCACCAGACGAUCUCCCUGGCGCUCAUCCUCUUCAGCAACUACUAUGCCUUCUUCAAGCUGCUGCGGGACCGCUUGGUAUUGGGCAAGGCCUACUCGUACUCGGCCAGCCCCCAGAGGGACCUGGACCACCGGUUCUCCUAAGCCCCAGGGUGACCCCAGGGACAGCAUCCAGGCUUCAGCCAGGAGCUCUCUGGGAAGGGGCUGUUGGGGAGGGUUGGGUGAGGGAGCAAAAAAACACAAAAACAGACAAAAAAAAUUGACCAGAGCUUUGUAUUUUUGUUACAUACUGUUUCUUUCUUUGAUAAUUGA